GCAUGUGGUAUAGCAAAUCACCAGCAAGAGGGAAAGAGGCGCGAUGGCUGCUCAAGCGGGACGGCUACUGAGGCAAUGGCCGAUGUGGCAGCAGCAUUGCUGCUCAAACGCCGCCUUCCACCACCUUAUCUUCUCCCCUUUACUUCCGGUCACCACCAGAACCAACUCCCGUCGUCCGUCUUUGACCACCGUCCACCUGGCCACUCGCGGCGUCCAUAAACUAUUACGCGGUCUCAGACCGUCCGAUUACCAAGACGCCAACACAGCCAGUUCGGGUUCGGGUUCGGAUUCGGAUUCAGUCACGUACAAGAGCCGUAACGAGUUGAAGCGCCACGCCCGCCGCGCCGUCCGUUGGGCUAUGGACCUCGCGUCCUUCUCCACCCCUCAAAUCAAGCGCAUUGUCAGAGUGGCUUCUCUGGACCAAGACGUGUUGGAUGCUGUGAUCCUAGUGAAGAAAUUAGGACCGGAUGUUCGAGAAGGGAAGCGAAGGCAGUUCAAUUAUAUUGGGAAACUGCUGCGGGAUGUGGAGGCCGACUUGAUGGAUGCUUUGAUUCAGGCUACGAAAGAUAGCGACGAAAGUAAGCUGCAAGCUUUAUCAGGUCCGGAGACAUUGGAGGUUGAUGAUGUUGCCGACAAAGAAGAGGCGGAAGAAACUGAUUGUGAGGAGGAAGAAGAGGGUUCUCACAUUGAUGAAGCAACCAGAUGGUUUGAUGGUCUGAUCAGUAAGGACAUUAAGAUCACCAAUGAAGUUUAUUCAAUUUCGAAUGUUGAUUUUGACCGUCAGGAACUAAGGAAACUUGUCCGAAGUGUGCAUUCUAGAUUGGAACAGAAGGUUGAUUUGGAGGAAAAUACGGGAAAGAUUGAUGCAGUGAGAGUGAGUGCUGAAAAGGCACUCACCAGGUUCCUUCUUUCCCUUGCUAAACGUAGCCUAGAGACUGAUAUAUGAUAUUUUAGUUUCCAUCAUUAUUUAUGUGUCAUUACAUAAUAUUUCUUAAAGAAUGCAGUUUUUGUUCUCUUGGUUGUACGGUGCAAUUUUUUUUCUUGCAUAGAUUCACGUUGUCUGGUCUCGAUAACAAUUUAGUUCUUUUUUAGUAGUCCAAGUUGGUUAGUAAUUCGUUACACACCAAGUAUUUCUAGAUUGUAGUUAGCCACCAUGGGCAAGGGAGUUCAAAUUCAUAGGUUAUACGGGCUUUGGUGCAAACUGUGUUGUCCAGUAUCUUCCAUUUAAGUUGUACAAAAUCAUUUUGUAGCAGUUGACCCAGUGUGUUCAGCCCAGUGGCAUGACUAGGUUACGUUUGUCUAAUCUAAGCGUAUGCACAUCCUAUAGUCCUGUUACUCCACGUGGUUCUGUUGUCGUUGUCCAGUAUGAUUUAAUUGUCUGAACAAUGAACUUUUAGGCCUAACCCAGACCGGCUCCGCUUUAUAGCCUCAGUUUUACUAGUUGAAUUGUUGCAACAGAAAACGGAAAAAAAGAAGUGUAAAGGGAGUUGUGUGUUAAAUGUUGAAGCAUAGGAUUUGGGUUUAAAUCAUACCAAACCAAAGCUUGGACUGACUAUCACCCGCAGGGAAAUGAAAUAAAAUCGUUCUAGCGGGCUUGUACUGAAAACCGGAGGGUUGAAAUUCACGAUGUAUUUUUAAAAGUCGGUCCAUUUGCCCUGUGUUCUCUCAAUUAGAUUACAUCGUAUAGGACCUGGCUUAGGAGGAGUUAUUCCGUACAAACUCCCGCACCACGGGGCUGUCCGGCCAAAAAUCCAUUGAAUGCGACCAGAAGGGGAGGGGUAGAGGGAUAGAAAAUAGGACAAAAACAUAUUACUCCGCCAGAAGGACAGACACAUACACGCACUAGAGAAUACAAUAAUUGGUUUGUCACGCUUCACACACAAUAUUGUUCUCCGAAGUUUUGGCAACCGACGGAAGCUGGUAUUUGUAUUGAUUGAAUCUUGUGGUAGCAUAUCUCUAACAAUCUUGGAGACAAUUUACGAUAUCACCAGUUGUACACAAUCAUGCAUAUAUUUUUGUUGCAUCACUUGAAUCACAUACUCAUGUCGCCAGGGUUUUACCAGAACUUGGGUUGCACAUGCAAAUCUUCGUGCUCUUGUAGGAAGGCAAAAGAAGAUAUUUUCUGUUGUGAUAAGAGCAAAAGAUGACCUAAGAGUGUUUAGUCUAAUGGUCAGGCCCUUGGUUUGUUACCAAGAGGUCUGGGGUUCGACACCUCUCAAGGUACCCACCUAGCAAUUGCUAGAGUUUCUUGCCUACCAAAUGUUGUGGGGUCAGGCGGGUGGCUUAGUGAGUAGUCGGGUCAAAGACCCGGAGACACUAGAUUCAAAAAAAAAAAAAAA